GGUUAAUUUACACACACCAACUAGCAGGUGCAGAAUCAUCCAACGUUAAUUGCUGCGAACAAAGAAAAUCGAAAAGCUGAUUUCUUCUCGGUGUCUGAAAAAUCUGAAAAUCUCCUCCUUGCUUCUGGUUCUCCUCUCAGCCUCUCUUCUCCAGUGAGAAGGCCCGAUCUAGGCUCCUGUCACUAUUUGCUUUCUACACUACCAGAGACUUGAUGGACAACAAUAACUGGCGACCCACUCAACCAGGGGCCGAACCUGCUGCUGACACAGGUGAUUGGAGAGCUCAGUUGCAUCACGAUUCUCGGCAAAGAAUAGUCAACAAGAUAAUGGAAACGUUGAAGAGGCACCUUCCUUUUUCUGGUCCUGAGGGAAUAAACGAACUCCAAAAAAUUGCUUUUAGGUUUGAGGAGAAGAUCUAUUCAGCUGCCACAAGCCAGGCAGAUUAUCUACGCAAGAUAUCUCUGAAGAUGCUUACAAUGGAGAAUAAAUCUCAAAAUACUCUAUCCAAUUCGAUGCCAUCUGCCUCUGCCAGCAAUAGCAACAAACCUCCAGAUCCAGCAUCUCAAGGCAUGCAACCCCCAGUUCACAAUCAAGGGCAAUCAAUUCCUAUGUCACUGCCAGCUAAUCAAUCUCAGACGCGGCAACAGAUUAUUCAGAAUAACAUAGCAUCUGGAAUUCAGGUUUCGGCUGGCCUACAGUCGACAAUGCCUCCUGUGUCUGGUUUAUCUCAGACAACUAUUACAAAUGCUGUUGGCCAGAACACCAACAUCCAUAGUGUAUCUGGCAUCACACAGAAUGCAGGGGGAAGUUCAUUAGGACAAGGGGUAUCCUCAAAUAUGUUUGCUAAUUCUCAGAGGCAAAUUCAGGGAAGACAGCAAGUUCUUCCUCAGCAGCAGCAGCAGUCGCAGAAUCAGCAAUAUCUCUACCAGCAGCAGUUGCAACAACAACUUCUGAAGCAGAAGUUACAGCAAGGAAAUCUCUCACAUUCACUCGUAUCAUCUCACUUACAGCAACAGCAGCAACAGCAGAAUUUAUUACAGCCUAAUCAACUGCAAUCGUCUCAGCAAGCUGGGAUGCAGACUUCAUCUGUUAUGCAGCCUUCUGUAAUGCCAUCAGCUCCUCUCUCUGGUUUUCAACAAAAUCAGCAAAAUUCUGUACAGCAGCCAGCACAAUCCAUGCUUCAGCAGCAUCCACAAUCAGUUCUUAGGCAACAGCAGCCGCAGCAAACGACUGGUAUUCAUCAACAAUCAACACCAAUGACGCAGCAGUCAAUAAUACCCCCACAGCCACAGCAGCAGCCACAAUUGAUGGGCCAACAGACAAGUGCUACAGGCAUGCAGCCAAAUCAGUUGAUUGCCCAACAAAGUAUGGCUGAUAUGCAGCAACAGCAGCAACAGAGAUUACUUAACCAGCAGAAUAAUCUUCCUAACCUUCAGCAGCAGCAACAGCAGCAGCAACAACAGCAGCAGCAGCAAUUAAUGAAUCAACACAACAACCUUGCUACUAUACAUCAGCAACAGUUGGGUCCUCAAAGUAAUGUCUCGGGAUUGAUACAGCCACAGCAACAACAGCAGUUACUUGCAGGUCAAUCUGGCAACUCAAGCAUUCAAACCAAUCAGCACUCAGUACACAUGCUACCACAAGCCAAGGUUCCGCUGCAGCAACAAACACAGCAGGCUGCACCAAGCCUGUUAACUUCUCAUGGUCAGCAAUCACAGCCGCAGCCACAACAGCAAAUAAUGCCGCAAAUUCAGUCACAACCUGCUCAGUUGCAACAGCAGUUGGGUUUGCAACAGGCACCUAAUUCACUACAGCGAGAUAUUCAACAAAGGCUUCAAGCAUCAGGAUCUGUGCUUCAACCUCAGAAUGUCCUGGAUCAGCAGAAGCAGUUAUAUCAAUCACAAAGAGCUCUUCCAGAGACUUCAACUUCAUCUUUGGAUUCUACAGCUCAGACUGGAAGUGCAAAUGCAGGUGAUUGGCAAGAUGAGAUCUAUCAGAAGAUAAAGUCCAUGAAGGAGAAAUACUUGCCUGAACUGAGUGAAAUGUUCCAAAAAGUUGAUGCUAGAUUGCAACAUCAUGAUUCUCUUCCUCAGCAGCCAAAGUCGGAGCAGCUCGAAAAGUUGAAACAAUUUAGAACACUUUUGGAGAAAGUUAUAGCAUUCUUAUCAGUUCCUAAAAACAGUAUUCACCCCAGUUACAAGGAUAAGUUGGGUCCUUAUGAGAAGCAGAUCAUUAAUUUUUUGAACACGAACAGGCCUAGGCAGCCCCUGCAGCAAGGACAAUUUCCUCCAUCUCAUAUGCACUCCAUGCAGCAAUCACAAUCCCAUAUAACUCAAGGGCAAACCCAUGAAAAUCAAGUGAAUCCGCAGCUUCAAUCCAUGAACUUACAAGGUUCUUUUCAAACAAUCCAACAGGGUGGUAUGACAAGUUUGCAGCAUAAUUCGGUCUCAUCUUUAUCUGGGGUUUCAACAGCACAACAAAAUUUGUUAAAUCCGCCACAGCAAGGUUCUGGCAUAGAUUCAGGGCAAGUGGGUGGAUUAAGCUCGUUACAAUCAUUACAGCAAAAUCCUGGAAGUGCUUCCCAACAAACAAAUAUUAAUUCCAUAUCUUCACAAAGUGGCGUGAAUCCUGUGCAGCCAAAUAUUAAUCCUCUUCAAUCAAAUUCCAGCAUGCUUCAACAUCAGCAUCUGAAGCAACAGCAAGACCAGCAACUUUUACAGACACAACAGCUCAAACAGCAAUUUCAGCAGCGUCAGAUACAGCAGCAAUUGAUGCAGAAGCAGCAGUUGCUGCAACAGCAGCAGCAGCAGCAGCAGUUGCAGCAACAAGCAAAGCAGCAGCAGAUGACUGCACAGUUGCAGACACACCAAAUGCAACAGCCACAUCAGAUGAAUGACGUGAAUGAUGUGAAAAUGAGACAGGGGAUAAAUCUUAAACCAGGGGUGUUUCAGCAACAUCUCCCAGCAGGCCAACGCUCAAGUUACCCCCUUCAACAACUGAAAUCAGGAGCUCAGUUUCCCAUGUCUUCGUCCCAAAUCCUACAGUCUGCAUCUCCUCAGAUGCAGCAACACUCAUCUCCGCAGGUUGACCAGCAAAAUCUGCUUUCAUCUAUCACAAAAACGGGAACCCCUUUGCAAUCUACAAAUUCACCUUUUGUUGUCCCAUCCCCUUCAACUCCAUUGGCUCCAUCUCCUAUGCCAGGGGAGACUGAAAAACCAAUUCUCGGUACAUCUUCUCUGUCAAAUGCUGGAAAUUUUGGGCAUCAACCAAUAAUUGCUGCACAAACAGCAAAUCAGUCUCUUGCAAUUGGGACUCCUGGUAUAUCAACCUCACCUCUGCUUGAGUUCACUGGUCCAGAUGCCACUCAUAUUAAUACCGUGACAGCUAUCCCAAGCAAAUCAAGUGUUGUUGAACAGCCUCUUGAGCGCCUAAUCAAAGCGGUGAGUGCAAAGUCAUUUUCUGACAUUUCUAAUUCCUAUGAUGCUUAA